AGAGUCGCUGGUCUGUUAUUCACACUCGACGCCGAUGCCAGUAAUAUAUAACAUUUAAUAAACACACUCAAACUUUGUGUUGUUGGAGUGGAGGAAAAGGGAAAGUAUAUCCAUUUGUGUGUGGUUUUAAGGGCAACAUUGAGGUCGAGUGCGAUGUCGUCGAACAUAAUUCACGACGCCGAUGGAUGGCCUCGAAUUAUAUUGAUUGAGCCGACCGGAUCAACCGCCGAGGUGUUUCUCUACGGUGGGCAGGUUGUUUCUUGGAAGAAUGAGCGAAGAGAAGAACUGCUUUUUAUGAGCAACAAGGCUAUUCGGAAACCACCAAAAGCUGUCAGGGGUGGAAUACCCAUCUGCUUCCCACAGUUUGCAAAUUUAGGUUCGCUGGAGCAACAUGGAUUUGCAAGGAACAGAUUGUGGUCAUUGGAUAAUGAUCCUUCACCUUUGCCUUCAGCUAAUAAUCAAUCAACUGUAGAUAUUCUAUUGAAAUCUGCAGAAGAGGAUCUAAAAACAUGGCCGCAUAGUGAAGUGCGCGUUGAGGGCUUGGAGACACUCGACUACUUUGAUAAUUUGUUGCAAAGAGAAAGGUACACAGAGCAGGCAGAUGCAAUUACCUUUGAUGGUGAGAUUGAUCGAGUGUAUUUGAGCACACCGACAAAGAUUGCCAUAAUAGACCAUGAGAAGAAAAGAACCCUGGUACUGCGUAAAGAAGGCAUGCCAGAUGCAGUUGUGUGGAAUCCUUGGGACAAAAAGGCCAAGGCUCUCCCAGAUUUGGGGGAUGAUGAUUACAAAAGUAUGCUGUGUGUGGAUUCUGCUGCUAUUGAAACUCCAAUUAAUUUGAAACCCUUUGAAGAGUGGAAGGGUCGUCAAGAGCUCUCUACUGUGUCCUCAAGUUAUUGUAGCGGGCAGUUGGAUCCUCGGAAGGUUCUGCAAGGCUUGAGCUGAUAUAUCAUUUGAAGAGUAAAUUGAUGUUCUCCGGUAUUAUACCUCUUGCCUUAUUUCAUGUACAAUAUAAAUGUGCACUGUUGUCUGCAUAUUACAAUAGCUGUGCUGUUUAGGAUUCUUAAAGUGAGUGGUCAACAUCUGAAGACAACCUGUGUGUGGUAUAUGUAACAUAACAUUCCAGAUUUGUGAGUUGAUCAGCGAGAAAAUCCUCAUUUAGCCUUUUUGUUAUUGUGAGGAAAACCUUGAUGGUGACAAAUGUGAAUUGAUCUGGUUUGACAAGAAUAUCCUAUCUUCCUAUUUCUGAUAGUAACGAAUGCCCAUUUGUAUCAGAUAUUGU